AUGCCACAUCUACCAAGUGAUCGCAUAAGCGAUAUCAUCGAGGUUGAUUUCCCUACAGAUUUUGCUAUGUCAACAUUUUAUCAGCUCCUUAGCCAAAUGACCUUAUUAGGAUCACACGUAUUUACAAAAUGUACGAUCUUACGCAUGAUGAGUUUUAGUGAAUGGAAUCGCAGACACUCGCUCCCAGAUCAUCGCCCAACAUGGAAUGUUGAAGCAAAUAGUUGCUCAGGUGUUGAAAUUGUCGAACCUGGUGAAGUAAUUGAUGAAUUAGUUAAUGAGCAUUUAGUAAACAGCACGAAUAAAUCACCCUCUCCAUCUUCAACAACUUCAGAGCAAAAGUCACCUUCAUUAAACCAACAGCAAAUUACUGAACCAUUUCAAAAACAACUUGUGGUGUCAUUAGACAUUGUGGUACAAGGACAAUAUCUUUCACCUCAGAGUGAAAUGUUUUCAAAAAUUUUUCAUUAUAUGUCGACACAAAUAUUUUUUCGACCACACCCUUGUGGCCGAUAUGCUUCAAGGAUUACUAUGCCAGUUCCUUCGGUUUCUACCAUUGAACCAAUUAUGAUUUGGCUGUACAAUCAUGAUGACGAGGCAUGGUUGAAAACUGUGACGCCAAGGAGCUUUGAACAG